GUUUCAUAAACAAGAGAAACCCUGUCCCCAAGGAACACAAUUUCUCCCUAUAUCUCUCUAGCUCCUCAUAUCUUCUCCUCUUAAAAGUGACAGUCUCUCUCUCUCUCGGCGAAAGAAAGAAACCCCCCAUUUAUUUUCUUUUUCUCUCUUGAAGGAGAAAAAAAUUCAGAGGGAGUUGAACUGAGAGAAAGAAAGCAGAGAAACAAUGGCAUUCAGGCAUGGUUACUGUACUCUUUACGAUGAGUUUGGAGAUGAUGAAAUCGAGGUUGCUGAAAUCUUGUCAAGUUUCCCUCGUUUAAUUGCUAUGUCUAAGUAUAGUUCUUGGCUUUCAUACACAUGGGGUGGUAAAAGGAGGAGAUCCGCGGAGGCCAAUUUGGGUCCACGACCCGCCGUUCAAUCACCACCAACAUCAGUAUCACCUUCGCCGCCACCGAUUUUAUCUGGUUCCGUGGGUCCUGCUAUUACUACUAACACUACUCGUAUUGCUGCCUCUGAACCUGAGAGACCCAUCAUCGUCAAAGUUGAACCGGCGACUAGCCCUGCAACACCUCUUUCUUUCUUUCCUAGUGAAUCUGACGAGAGGCCUAAGCGCUCGAACAGGAAAGUCUAUACUAAAAAGAGAAGAGAGGAUUUGCUGAAGAUUAAAAGCCAACUUACUAAGAGCAAUGAAUUGCUAACAGGGGAGAUACAAAUGGUGACUCGACAUCAUGAUCAAUUGAAAGCUAGUAAUUCAUGGUGGAUAGCAAGGAAACAAGAGCUAACCAUGGGUGUUAUUAAAAGAGAAGAUCAGUUGAAUCUUCUACGAAUGGAUUUAGGCCAAGAAACUGUUAAAUGUCCUGAUCAUGUUGUUGAUGAUCAAGCUCAUCUUUCUCUGCGCGUGCCCGGCAUCACAUUUUAUCAGCAGCAACCAUUUAUGCUAGAUAAGAAUGCCAACAAUCAAGAAAUGGGCUGCAACUAUCCAAACCCUUAUGGCCAAAGAAGAGUGUCCCUGUUCCCAUCUACGACUUCUAGUACCAGUGAUGAUUUUGGCCCACGUAGCAUCCCUGAUCUCAAUCUAACUAUCGGGCAGCCUGCUUGGAUGGACUCUGAAGUUAAACAACUGGUUGAUGACAAGAGUACUGUGGUUAAUGGGGCCAUUGUGGGUACUGUGGUUAAUGGGGCCAUCACUGUCAGGAGUAUUAAUAAGGCCAUCGCUGCUCAGGCAAGACGAAGAAGGAUGCUCAUUUGCAAGAAGAAGCUUUCUAAUGUCUCCAGUAAAUUACGAUUCCCACUUUGAUGAUCUUGGUGUUUACAUCUUCGAUCUCAUUUCCCCCCCUCUAAUCUAUAUAGUAAUUAAUAUUGAGAUAUCUUAGUGAUAGUUCGGUGUCUAAUUGUAAAUUAGAAGAUCUCCCAAGGAGAUGAUUUUUUACGAAUUAUAUUAUAUUCUCACGUUUUUGCAAAGGUAAUAAUAUAAGAGUUGAGAGGCUCAAGAGUUCUUAGUCGUUGCUUGGUUACUAGUAAUGUAGCUUAAGCUUAUUUUAAGCUUACUUUGUUUAUUUCCUCUUUUGAAUGAUUAUUGUCGCUUGCGAUGGUUGGUAAAUUAUUUAAUUAGAUGUUUGGACUGACAA